CAGUCGCUGGAUCCUCCCCAAUAAAAUCAGAUCGACCUUCUUAACAUGGCACCACCUUGCGUAAUAUACGUAAUGAGUACUUUAGGAAAUAAGGACACGUGUCCGUAGAACUUAGAGCAUCUUAUGAAGACGCGUGUUUUGGGGAGUGAUGGAAUCGACUUUGUUUCAACCGUAUUUGGAUAUUUUUCGGCAAGAGCUGCAAGCUCAGAACCCGGCGAUAUUGGGUGUUUUGUUUGCCUUAUUUGUAGUUGGUUUUACCAUAAUUAUAAUGAAAAUUGUAUGGAGUAAGAAAAUAACAAGACGAGCAGUUUUAUUAAUUGGACUCUGUGAAUCUGGAAAAACUCUUCUUUUUAUUAGGUUAAUAUCUGGUAAAUUUAAACACACUCAGACAUCCAUCACGGAUAGCUCAGCAUCAUACAGAAUUACAGGUGACAAGAAUUCUACUUUGACUUUGAUUGACAUUCCUGGUCACGAGAGUCUUAGGCUGCAAUUUUUGGAGAAGUUUAAAUCUGCUGCCAGGGCUAUCAUUUUUGUUGUGGACAGUGCCAUAUUUCAAAAAGAACUUAGAGAUGUAGCAGAGCUCUUAUACAUUGUCUUAACAGAUGAUAUCAUUGAAAAGAAUGGUAUUGCAUUGGCAGUUGCCUGCAACAAACAAGAUGUUGUCAUGUCUAAAUCAUCCAAACUUAUUCGGCAGCAACUAGAAAAGGAGCUCAACACAUUGAGAGUCACCCGUUCAGCUGCUCUUAGCUCCCUGGAUAACUCAACAGGCGUCGGAAAUAUGUACCUGGGGAAGAAGGGAAAGGAUUUUGAAUUUUCUCAGUUGCCUUUCAAGGUGGAUUUCAUUGAGUGUAGUGCCAGAGGAAGUAAAGAAGACAGUGAACCAGACAUUAGAGAGUUGGAAAAAUGGCUUCACGGUAUUGUGUAAUGUAAAUACAACUUUUCUGAACACCCCCCAAUGUGUCAAAUUAAUCAUUUCAUUUUUCAUGCCUUUUAUUUCAAUUUUUAUUACUGAUUUCUUUGUAAUUUUUUUGCAGUUUGUAAAUAUGUUGUUCCUUACACAGUAGAUCAAACCUCACUUGUUUUUGCAACAGGCUGAAGACAUAUGUAAGAUGUGCUAUUUUAAUUUCUGUAAAUUUACCUUUCAGUUCUUGAUAAUUUCAUACUUUAAUUCCAUAUUAUUGUGCCUAAUUUCCAAUGAAAUUAAAAGCACAACUAAAACAUCUCAUUCAAUUUUAUAAGUUGUUUUCAUACAGGUAUUGAGGGAAUUUUCAUUUACAAAUCCUACUGAAUUCACUGAAUGUUUUAGCAAUGGGUAAACAGAUUGCAUUGGCCUUAUUUACAGUAAAAACACAUGCUGUUUAUUCCAGCAUGUUUCUAUAGUAGUACUUGACUACAGUAUUAGUGUGGCUGCACUGAAAUUGAAAUGCUUAUUGUGACGUGAAGUUCAGUCACAGAAAUAUUAUACUACAUGUCACAUUAUUAUGUAGAUUUCCUGUUUUGCAUGUACUGAAUUCUUGAAUUGACAGGUGAACUAAUUUCAAAUGCUCAUGUAAUGUUUUUAUAAAAAUGAUGCCUAUGAAGAAAUAUCUUUUACUACAUAAUGAAUUUGUUUAAAAUAUUUUUUUGCCCGUUUUGUUACAUCAACAAUAUGUUGUUUAUUUGUGCUCUGGACUGUAAUUAUGUUCCAACUACCCCUUCAUAAUCAAUAAAAGGUCAGUUCACUGCAA